AAAGACCCCUUUGGAUAUCUUGACGGAGGUCACAACUGAGAGAUAGAAGAAUGGGAGUAAGAACUGCGCGACUUGCAACACAGAGCAAGACUUUUAAUGUGGAACACAAAUUUGCUGACCAAGCUACCACGAGAGGCCUCAAACUUUUGCCCGCAACGACUAAAUAAUUUCUACAGGAGCUCAGCAACAUGCAAAGGAUGAAGUGGCGGCUCCUCCGGUGGCUGCUCCUGUCUUUGCUGUCUCAUAACAUCACCUGUAAAAAUCUUGGUGAAAGUUACGGUUUAGGUCAGGGUCCGAAGCAAGUUCCAGGUCAGGGUCAAAAUCGAGUCCCAGUGGAAUUUAAAAAGCAAGUUUCAGGUCAGGGUCAAAAUCAAGGCUCAUGUUCAAAAUGGAAAAGACAGCAAAAGGAAAAAACACCAAAAAGAAGACUAGCAUUUUCAGAUGCCAGACGUUGUAUGGAAGAUGUAAACAGCAUUUUGCUAGAUGGAAACGGCCAUGAAUCUAUCAAAGCCAUGGAGAGUCUACAACAAUUUCUAGAGGAAACAGAGGUGAAUGAGACUAUGUCCUUGUCUGUCAGUCAUAUGAUGGCUGUCCUGCACAAACCCAAGCGCCCCUUCAAAGGACUUGAAAUUUAUGCCAGUGAGAAGGAGGCAAUGUCAGACCAGGCUGUCGCCAACACCAAAGUGAGUGUUCGACUGCCGAGAGAGUUGGACCCUGGAUCAGACAACACGAUUGUGUUUUGCUUGCUUACCUGGCCGGAAACAAAUGGGACCAUAUUCGGAGCCUCGGGUUCACUGUAUGAGAACAGACUGGUUGGCCUGAGUGUGCGCGGAAAGAGUAUUUCAGGACUACAGGAGUCUGUCAACAUCACCAUGAGUCUUACUGUGGGCAUAAAUGAGACCCAAAAACCCAGAUGUGUGUUCUAUAAUUUUUCAGGAAAUGCAUAUAGCAGUAGUGGCUGUCUAACGCUAUGGGAACGAGGUCAGAGUUACGUCACCUGCUCCUGUGACCACCUCACAUACUUCGGUGUGCUCAUGGUGCCCACUACCCCCUCACCUGAAGACCGGGAGAUUCUGAUGUACAUUACUCUGAUUGGUUGUAGUCUUUCCCUCUUUGCCCUGGUCAUCACUGUUUUCCUCUUCAUCACAAAUAGAAAUAUCAGAGCAGAUGUCUCUAUGAAGGUCCACAUCAACCUCGCCAUUGCCCUGAUCCUUCUCAACCUGCACUUCCUCCCCAAUCAGACAGCAGCAGCACUGUCCUCCACUGGACUUUGCCUUUACAUGGCUCUUUCUCUUCACUACUCCCUGCUGGCCACUUUCAGCUGGAUGGCCUUAGAGGGGUUCCACAUCUACCUUCUCUUAGUCAGAGUCUUCAAUAUCUAUGUCAACAGAUACCUGCUCAAACUCAGUGUGGUGGGUUGGGGUAUUCCUGCAGUCAUUGUGUCCCUGGUGGUCAUCAUAGACAGAGGUGCAUAUGGUCAUGUUAGUCUGGACUCGUCUAACUCCAACAGCAGUACAAUAUGCUAUAUAACCAAUGACACAGUGAAGAUGGUGACUACAGUCGGAGUAUUUGGCUUGGUGUUCAUCUUUAAUGUGAUCUUGCUAGUGGUGACAAUCAAACGUGUGAUGACUCUCUGCCAUAGCAAAGAGAGUGGCCGUGACAGAGCUAAGCGAGACAUCUGUACCCUGCUGGGAAUCACCAAUCUGCUUGGCAUUACCUGGGGCCUGGUCUUCUUCUCCUUUGGCUACCUGACCACUCCUGGCCUCUAUCUCUUCUGCAUCCUGAACCCACUGCAAGGUUUCUCCAUCUUCCUGUGGUUUAUGCUGUCUUUGAGAAAGGACAGAAACUCAGCCGCUCAGACGAGCAGUGAAACACGUAGCACCAACCACUAAGUCUACAGUCAGCUC